CUGCAAACAAACGGCUGAACGACCAACACCUUGUAACAGCAACAGGUAAUCUGCAGCAAUAACCAAUCUUCACAGCCUCUCGGCAAAAUCUUUGAUCAUCACUACAAUUGGCCGUGUAGUGUCGAGUUCCAGCGACUUUACGAACUUCUCACGACCCCGAUUACUCCUUUCAUAGAAUCUGGACCUUUGGCCCUCCCCUGACCAGACCUCCCACUCAUAGAACCCCUUGACCUCCCUGAACCCACCGACGCCUUUUCAUACAACUUGAACUCUUCAAUGCAAGUCUAAAGGUCUCGAGUCACAACUGCCAUGGAAAAUUACCAGAAGAUUGAGAAGAUCGGAGAGGGUACCUACGGUGUUGUUUACAAAGCGAGAGACCUGACGAAUGGUGGGAGAAUUGUUGCUCUCAAGAAGAUCCGUCUCGAGGCCGAAGAUGAGGGUGUUCCCAGCACUGCCAUCCGCGAGAUCUCCCUCCUUAAAGAAAUGAACGACCCCAACAUUGUUCGUCUGUUCAACAUUGUCCACGCCGACGGCCACAAGCUCUAUCUCGUGUUCGAGUUCCUCGAUCUUGAUCUCAAAAAAUACAUGGAGGCUUUGCCGGUGGCGGAUGGUGGUCGUGGCAAGGCUCUUCCGGAAGGCUCGACCUUGGAUAUGCAGCGACUUGGACUGGGAAAAGAUAUGGUGAAGAAGUUCAUGGCACAGCUGGUCGAAGGUGUUCGCUACUGCCAUAGCCACCGAGUCCUCCACCGAGAUCUCAAGCCACAGAAUUUGUUGAUCGAUAGGGAAGGCAACCUCAAGUUGGCCGAUUUUGGCUUGGCUCGAGCCUUCGGUGUGCCCCUCAGAACAUACACUCACGAGGUCGUCACACUAUGGUAUCGUGCCCCAGAGAUCCUUCUCGGUGGUCGACAAUACUCGACUGGUGUUGAUAUGUGGUCUGUUGGCGCCAUCUUCGCAGAAAUGUGCACACGGAAGCCGCUCUUCCCAGGAGAUUCAGAGAUUGACGAAAUCUUCAAAAUCUUCAAACUCUUGGGAACUCCAGACGAAAACACCUGGCCAGGAGUGACCUCAUUCCCUGACUUCAAGACCUCAUUCCCCAAAUGGCGACGCGAGCCCACCAGCAAGAUCGUGCCCAAUCUCGAGCAGGCGGGACUUGAUCUCCUCGAUGCCAUGCUGGAAUACGACCCUGCGCAGCGUAUUUCAGCCAAAGCAGCCUGCAAUCACCCAUAUUUCGCUGCGGGAUCAGCCGCCUACUCACAGCGGACGAAUGGCCCACCGAGAAUUAACGGUUAUCAUUAGAGACCGGCGAGUGAAUGAAUCAAACGACGUGAUGUGAUAUCUUGAGUCUGCCCAUAUGGGACGGGCUGCGGUGGCCACGCAGGUAAGGCAGGGUAUUCAUAUCGAGAGAUAUCACACAAGCAGGCAGGCAUGGGGUGGUACACUGCACAAAACAGUACAGUAUUGAUAUGAGUUUACGCAUUUUCGGAACGUGCAAUGGGCAAUGAAACAGGCAAAUGGCAUGUAACCUCAGGUGGACAAGCUGGAGUUUCUUUCUUGAUUCAAUGAGAAAAGAAUUGAAUUCACUGGGCUUUGGGAAUGGCAUGGCACUGGGAGCUAUUCUUCGAGCACAACCAUGUGGACCAAGAUUCCUCCAACGUCUUUUUUGUUUUUUGCAGAUGGAAUAAAGCCAUGGCUUUGUAACU